AUGAGGUGCAACGUGUUACAGUGUCGCAAAACAGAAUGCAUCAACUUCAGAGUUCAGAUACCAUUGCACUUUGAAGCUCUCCUUUCUCAUCCAGAUUCUAAUCACACAAAUAUGAGGGAUCCAUGAAACAAAUGGGUCACUGGAUUAGUAUGAACCGAGUCCGACCCAAAUAGCAAAUUUGAUGAAGCAACUAAACCAAACCAAGCUUCGCUGUCUCUUGGCCCGGGUCAGUAGCAACGCCGCAGAAGGUAGCUGAGAACUGAAACUGAUGAUUGUAACUGCAUAACAGGAUUGGGACUUGGGAGGAGGUACCAUUUCAGAAGCUAAAAAUGGUUGGAAAGAGAUUAAGCAUAACCUUAACAAUAACAUUCGCUGCUAUUUCCUUCUCCACUGCAAUCUCUGCAUAUGUCUUGAGUAGAAAAUGUAAGGGUUUGAAGUCCAAGAUUCUUGAGCUUGAGGCAUCUCUCAAGUCUUCCUUAGAUAAAUGUGCCUCUGAAAGGCAAGGGAGAAUUAGGGCUCAACAGACCUUGAGAAAAGAACUAUCACAACCUAAAUCUGAAAAUCUGAAGCUGACAUAUUACCCUAUGGCACCCAUUGGUACCAUCCGCUCAUGCUUCUCUACGAGGAAUGGGACACCGAGGCAACCGUUACUUGUACCACUUGCUAGAGCCUGUUUGGUUUUUAAUGCCACUCGUGUUCCGCCAGCAUCUCUUGAGGGUCUAGCUGAAUAUUCUCACUGCUGGAUUUUAUAUGUAUUUCAUUUAAAUACAGAUCUUGAGAAACUAUGGAAGCAUCCAUCUCAAUCAGGGUUUAAGGCAAAGGUGAGAGUUCCGAGACUUAAAGGAGGAAGAAUGGGAGUGUUCGCCACGCGAUCCCCACAUCGUCCAUGCCCCAUUGGACUUACAGUUGCAAAGGUAGAGGCUGUACAGGAAAAUAUGAUUUUGCUUUCUGGUGUCGAUCUGGUUGAUGAAACUCCAGUACUUGAUAUCAAGCCUUACCUGCCAUAUUGUGACAGCGUCCAAAAAGCUGUAGUGCCAAAUUGGUUGAUGGAGGAUAGCUUACUCUCAGUAUCUUCUGUAAGCUUUGCAGAGGACUUCGCUUCAGCACUCGAAAAUUACUGGACAAUGGCAGAAAAGAAGUCGCUUUAUGCAUCCCCAAGCGAGUUCCAACGCUUGAUCAAGCAAGUUCUUUCAUGGGAUAUUCGGUCAUUGAGCCAAAGAAACAGGCCUCAUGAUGCUCUCUCAAAAAGUGAUAACAAUGAUGAAAUGUUGGUUAAUACUUCUGAUGUAGAUGAACACCAAGAUGACAGAGCUUUUUUACAUGAAAAGGACCAGAAUUCUGUAGAUUCUAAGGACAUAAUAUAUCACCUAAUUUUGGAAGGACUUGAUGUCUCUUAUAGAAUUGAUCACCAUGGUAAUGUGAAUGUGGAAAAGGUGUCACCAUCAUCUUUCUUAGACAAAAUCUCUAACUCUUGCAAUUACUUGACUUGGGAAGACAAGCUGCAGUGAAUUCUGCUUUAAGCCUUCAUUAAUUUUAAUUUUAGUUUCUCAUGAGUUGUUUUUUUUUUUUUAUUUUAUUUUACAUAGAAAGUUCCAUUAAGAGGGAAGUGAAAGCUUAGAGACUGUGGUUUUAUUUUGAGGUAAUGUUUUUAUUUUAGUUAUAAAAGUGAAAAUUUUGACUCAAUUUUUUCACUUCAUAUUCUCAUUACAUGAUAUUGUAAAGUGCAUUUGUGCAUGAUAAUUAAACUAGGUUUUUGGUCAAGGAUAGAAAUUUUGGAUAAUAAAUGAGUACUUUAUAACCAACUUGGGUUGGUCGAGUGGU